AUGCCUGGCCCCAAGCAGGAGCUUGGCACCGGGAUUUCCCAGGCAGAGAUGCCGUGCAGUGGCAGCGUGCGGAAACGAGCUCUGCCGGGUGAAAGCUGGGCAGCCGCGGGCACCAGCGGACAGGGCAUUACUCUGCUUCCCCUAGCAAAGAUUGAAGAGCUUCUGAAGGAGGUGACAUUGAAGGAGACGAAGAAGAAGAAGAUUGAUGCCUUCCUCCAUGAAAUUAACAGCCUGCUAAGUGCCAUCCCAGAGACCCCAGAAACUGAACUCACUGACCAGGCCUGGCUCCCCGAGGGCGUGAAGGUCCCGUUCCUGCAGGUGCCGUUCAGCGUGAAGGGGAGGUUCCGCUUCCUGUCCCCGGCCGAGCUGAAGGUGGUGGGCAGCUACCUGCUGGGCACCUGCAUUAAGCCGGAGAUCAACGUUGACGUGGCAGUGACCAUGCCGCGGGAAAUCUUCCAGGACAAAGAUAACCUGAACCAGCGCUACCACCGGAAGAGAGCUCUGUACCUGGCCCACAUUGCCCAGCACCUCUCCAAGGAGAAGCUCUUCGGCAGUGUGAAGUUUGCCUACAUGAACAGCAACCAUCUGAAGCCCAUCCUGCUCCUGAGGCCUCAAGGCAAAGAUGAGAAGAUGGUCACCGUCCGACUCCAUGCCUGUCCUGCCCCGGGUCUCUUCAAACCCAGCCGCUUCUAUCCCAGCAAGAACAACGUCCGGACAGCCUGGUUCAUGGAGCAGAGCACCCCCAAAGAAGGAGCCCCCGAGCCCCCGACCCCGCACUACAACAACUCCAUCAUCUGCGACACGGUGCUGCUGUCCCACCUGCACUUCUUGUCUAGCGCAGCCGCUGACUUCCCAGGCAUGAAGGAUGGCUUGGCCCUUCUCAAAGUUUGGCUGAACCAGCGGCAGCUCAGCAAGGGUUUGGGGUGCUUCAGCGGCUUCUUGGUCUCCAUGCUGGUUGCCUACCUGCUGAUGAAACGCAAGAUCGUCAAGAUGAUGAGUGGGUACCAGGUGCUGAGGAGCACCCUGCAGUUCCUGGCUACCACUGACCUGAGCGUGAUGGGGAUCAGCCUAGCGAAGGAUGUGGAUGCCUCCCUGCCUGUCCUGGAUGACUUCCACCAGGCGUUUGAAGUGGUCUUUGUGGAUCCCUCUGGGCUGGUGAACCUCUGCGCUGAUAUGACUGCCAGCAAAUACCACCAGGUCCAGUUUGAAGCCAAGCGCUCCAUGGAAAUAUUGGAUGAUCGGACAGUGGAUGGCUUUCAGGUGCUGCUCAUGACCACGAAGCCCAUGCUCAGAGCCUUUGACCAUGUCUUCCACCUGAAGCAUGUCUCCAAGCUGCAGGGUGCCUGCAAGAAGAUGCAGCUGCUGAACGAGCUGAUGGAUCGGGGAGGGAACUAUGUGGCCGCGGCCCUUCCCUUCGUUGUCUCGCUGCUGGCCCGUGGGCUGGCGGGGGGAGCGCUGCUUGUGACUCACUCCCUGCCCCAGAUCUCCGAGUGGCCGAUUGACGCUGAGCCCCCAAAACACAAGGAUGUUGGGCCCCUGACAUUUGGGCUCCUGUUUGUCCCCGAGUUUGCUGCCGGCACGCUGGAGAAGGGACCGCAGGCCGAUCACCCUGAGGCCCUGGACUUCCGGACCUUCUGGGGGGAGAAAUCAGAGCUGCGGCGGUUCCAGGAUGGCAGCAUCUGCGAGGCAGUGGUGUGGCAGGCCGACACCGUCUGCCAGAAACGCCUCAUUCCUGAGCAGAUCGUCAGGCACCUGCUGAAGCUCCACAUGGACAUUCCCGAAUCCUCCAUUUGCUACACCGGAGCCCUGCUGGAGUCUGUGAUCAGGACUGGGCAAGAGGCAUCGGGGACGGGGGAGGAGGCCAUGGUCAGUGUCGUCUUCCCUCCCAUUCCCAUGAAGCCAAUUUAUUCCUUCCAUACCCGAAUCAGGACCAAGCACCUGCUGCUUCCCUCGGAGGAGAAGCCCUGCCCGGCCUACAUAGCCCCUUUGAAGAUCAUCUGCCACAUGGAAGGCAGUGGCCAGUGGCCGCAGGACAAAGAAGCCAUCAAGCGCAUCAAGGCGGCUUUCCACCUCCAGCUGGCUGAGCUCCUCCAGCAGCAGCACCAGCUGGUUUGCAGGCCUGCGGUCACCCACACUGAUGUGUACAAGGACGGCUAUGUUUUCCGUCUCCAAGUAGCCUACCACCGGGAGCCCCUGAUCUUGAAGGAAGUGGUCACUCCAGAAGGGAUGCUAAAGUACCAGGACACAGAGGAGUCUCGGCAGCUGGAGCUGGAGACACUGCAUCUGCCCUAUCUAACCAGCUCCCUGCAUGGGCUCCAGCAGCAGCACCCUGCCUUUGGCAGCACUUGCCGGCUGGCCAAGCGCUGGGUCAGCGCCCAGCUCCUGAGUGACAACAUCUCUGAGGAGUGUGUGGACCUCCUUGUGGCAUUUCUCUUCCUGCACCCAGCCCCCUUCACGCCGCCCAGCUCUCCCCAGGUGGGGUUCCUGCGCUUCCUCGACCUGCUGGCAACCUUCGACUGGAAGAACAACCCACUGAUCGUCAACCUGAACGCUGGCCUCACAGAUGCUGACCUCACAGAGAUCAAGAACAAGUUUGUGGCUGCUCGGUCUCGUCUCCCCAUCAUGUUCAUCGCCACCCCCAAAGACCAGUGGAGCUCCAUGUGGACCCAAGAGCGACCCUCAGCGCAGAUCCUGCAGCGCCUUCUUGUGCUGGCCUCAGAGUCUCUCCGUGCCCUGGAGGAGCAGCUCAUGGACCCGCUCAACAGCCAGGAUGUAAAGAUGGUCUUCCGCCCUCCUUUGGACUUUUACGACGUCCUAAUCCACCUGAAUCCAAACCAGAUUCCUCGGCAUCUAGAGAGCGUGGACCGGCCACUAAAGUCGUUUUCCCGGGGCGUGGUGAAGAACAGCACUGCAGUGAAGAUCCUCUUUCCUGUGGUGGAUUAUGACCCUGUACAGUGUUACCUCCAGGAGCUGAGAGACGCCUUCAGUGAUCUCGCCUUGUUCUUCUAUGACAAGCAUGGUGGGGAAGUGAUUGCAGUUUUGUGGAAACCUUUGAGCUUUCAGCCUCAGCCUUUUAAGGUCUCCAGCAUGAAAGGAAGGAUGGUGACAACGCUGAACAACGAGCUGGUCUGCAUUCCCAAUGUGGAGGCAAUUCUGGAGGACUUCGAGGUUUUGGGAGAAGGCCUGGUCAAAAGCAUUGAAGCUCGUACAGAGAAAUGGACUAUCUGAGGUCACUGCGAGAUGUCCGAGGGACCUGUCCUGUGGCAGAGUUCGUUCAUUCUGGGACUGUUCUUUUUUAUAAAUCAGUCCUAGGAAAGGCUUUCAGCUUUUUAAAUCCCAGAACUGUGUGUUUUACUCUAUUUAUAUGCCUUGAUCAGAAAAGUGAUGGGACCUGUUACUGUUUUCAAGAAUACAAAUGCCUUUUUAUUUUGAAGAAAAUAUAAAGAUGGGAUAAAGUUUUUGAAA